AUGCAGGCCUGGCAGCAGGCCUUGGCAGUGCAGGCCUGCGCAGCAGGCCCACAGCGCAGGCCGGGCAGCGCAGGCCUGGCAGCGCAGUGGCCUCAGCGCAGGCUCCAUCCUGCAGGCUCUGGCGAAGCCCAGGGCCGGGCCACAGCAGCAGGUCUUGGCAGCAGCGGCCUAGGGGCAGCAGCAGGCCUGGCAGCAGCAGGUCCUGGCAGCAGCAGGCCUGGCAGCAGCGAAGCCUGGCAGCAGCAGGCCUGGCAGCGCAGGGCCUGGCAGCAGCAGGUCCAGGGCAGCAGCAGGCCUGGGCAGCAGCAGUGGCCUGCAAGCAGCAGCAGACCCCACAGCAGCAGGCCUAGCAGCAGCAGGCCUGGCAGCAGCAGGCCCAGCACAGGCCUGGCAGCGCAGCAGCAGUGGCCGGCAGCAGCAGGCCUGGGCAGCGCAGGCCUGGGCAGCGCAGGCCUGAGCAGCAGCAGGCCUGAGCAGGCGCAGGCUGGCAGCAGCAGCCAACGGCAGGAAAAGAGCACUGGCAGGCAGCAAGGCCUGGCAGCGCAGGCCUGGCAGCAGCAGGCUCCGGCAGCGCAGGCCUGGCAGCGCAGGUCCAAGCAGUGCAGUGUCCUGGGGCAGCGCAGGCCUGGCAGCAGCAGGCCUGGCAGCAGCAGGACCUGGCAGCAGGCUAUGCAGGUCUGGCAGCGCAGGUCUGGCAGCGCAGGCCUGGCACCCAGGCCUGGCAGCGGCAGGCCUGGGCAGCGCAGUGUGGCCCGGCAGCGCAGGCCUGGCAGCGCAGGCCUGGCAGCAGCAGGCCUAGAGCAGCAGCAGCAGGCCUGGCAGCGCAGGCCCGAGCAGUGCAGGCUCCGGCAGUGCAGGCCUGGCAGCAGUGGUAACAGGCAGUAUAUCUGGCAGCAGCAGGCCUUUGCAGCGCAGGCCUGGCAGCGCAGGCCUGGCAGCAGCAGGCCUUGGAGCAGCAGUGGCCCGGGGUCAGCAGCAGGCCUGGCAGGCAGCAGGUGGCAGCGUGCGGGGCAGCAGCAUGCAGCACAGCGCAGCAAUGCAGGCCUGGGUCAGCAGCAGGCCUUGCAGCAGCAGGCCAAAAGUGCAGGCCUGGGCAGCAGCAGGCCUGGCAGUGCAGGCCUCAGACAGCAGCAGGGUCUGGCAGUGCAGGCCUGUGCAGUCAGAAACAGGCCUGGCAGUGCAGGCCUGAGAGCAGUCAGCAGGCUGCAGCAGCAGGCCCGGCAGCGCAGGCCUGGCAGCAGUCGCAGGCCAUGGCAGUGCAGCAGAGGUCGGCAGCGCAGGCCUGGCAGCGCAGGCCUGGCAGCAGCAGGCCUCCAUAGCAGGGGCCUGGCAUGCAGCAGGCCUGGCAGCAGCAGGCCCGGUAAAGCGCAGGCCUGGCAGCAGCAGGCCUGGCAGCGCAGGCCUGCGCAGCAGCAGGCCCAAGUAUUGGCAGCGCAGGCCUGGCAGCGCAGGCCUGGCAGCAGUAGGCCUGGCAGCAGCAGGCCUGGCAGCGCAGGCCUGGUGGCAGUUAGCAAAGAGGCCUGGCAGCAGCAACGCCUGCAGCGCAGGCCUGGCAGCAGCAGAGCCUGGCAAGUAGCAGCAGGCCUGGCAGUGCAGGCCUGGCAGCGCAGGCCUGGCAGCAGCAGGCCUGGCAGCAGCGGCCUGGGCAGCAGCAGGUCCUGGCGCGCAGGCCUGGCAGCGCAGGCCUGGGCAUGCAGGCCUGGCAGCCCAGGCCUGGCAGCAGCAGGCCUGGCAGAAACGCAGGGUCUGGCAGCGCAGCUCUGGCAGCAGCAGGUCCUGGCAGCGCAGGCCUGGCAGCAGCAGGCCCGGAGCAGGCCUGGCAGCGCGGUGGCAGCAGCAGGCCUAGCAGCGCAGGCCUGGCAGCGGGAGGUGGCACAGCAGGCCUGGCAGCAGCAGGCCUGGCAGCAGCAGGCCUGCAGCAGCGCAGGGCCUGGCAGCAGCAGGCCUGGCAGCAGGCCCACACAGGCGUGGCAGCGCAGGCCUGGCAGCGCACACUACGGGCUGGCAGCGCAGGCCUGGCAGGUCCAGCAGCAGUGGCUGGCAGUGCAGGCCGCAGCAGCAGGCCCGGCAGCAGCAGGCCUGAGCAGAAGCAGGCCUGGCAGUGCAGGUGGCAGCAGCAGGCCUGGCAGCGCAGGCCUGGCAGCGCAGGCUGGCAGCGCAGUCCGGCAGGCCAGGGCCUAG